AAAGGAGAAAGCGACUUAAAACCGUUUAUUUUGGUUUUUUGUCGGUUGAGGAGAGUAGAUGAGUCAAUGGCCGGGGCUCAGCCAGGAGUUCACGCGCUGCAGCUCAAGCCGGUGUCCGUGAGCGAGAGCCUGAGAAAGGGCAGCAAAUUCAUGAAGUGGGAUGAUGACUCCACUACGGUGACCCCUGUGACCUUACGAGUCGACCCCCAGGGCUACUUCCUGUACUGGACUGACCAGAACAAGGACACGGAUCUCCUGGACAUCGCCUAUAUCAAGGACGCCAGGAACGGAAAAUGCACCAAAACGCCAAAGGACAUGAAGCUACGAGAGCUGCUGGACGUGAGCACCCUGGUGGGGAAGAUGGAGAACAGGAUGCUGACGGUGGUGAGCGGACCAGACAUGGUCAACAUCACAUACCUCAACUUCAUGGCAUUCCAGGAGGAGAUCGCCAAGGAGUGGGCUGAAGAGUUGUUUGGCCUGGCGUCUAACCUACUGGCCCAGAACAUGUCCAGAGAAGCAUGCCUGGAGAAAGCAUACACACGGCUGAAGCUACAGCUCAGCUCAGAGGGAUGCAUCCCUGUCAAGAAUAUCUUCAGGAUGUUCUCGGCAGACAGGAAACGAGUGGAGACAGCUCUGGAGAACUGCAACCUCCCUUCUGGACGGAGUGACUCCGUCCCUCAAGAGGACUUCACUCCGGAGGUCUACAAAGUGUUCCUCACCAACAUAUGUCCUCGACCAGAACUAGACAACAUCUUCUCUGACGUUGGAGCUAAAAGCAAACCCUACCUGACAGUGGAGCAGCUGACUGAGUUUAUAAAUGUCCGACAGAGGGACCCUCGUCUCAACGAGAUCCUCUACCCUCCUCUCAAACCGGAACAGGUUCAGAGCCUGGUGGACAAGUACGAACCCAAAGAACUGCUUGUGCAGAAAGGUCAGAUCUCAGUGGAGGGCUUCGCCAAGUAUCUGAGUAGUGAAGAGAACAGCAUCAUCCCACCAGAGAAGCUGGACCAGAGUGAAGACAUGACUUUACCGCUGUCUCAUUACUUCAUCAACUCCUCCCACAACACAUACCUCACAGCGGGCCAGCUGGCAGGUAACUCGUCGGUGGAGAUGUACCGGCAGGUCCUCCUUUCAGGGUGUCGCUGUAUCGAGUUGGACUGCUGGAAGGGACGCACCACCGAGGAAGAACCUGUCAUCACACACGGAUUCACCAUGACAACUGAAAUCUCCUUCAAGGAAGUGAUUGAGGCCAUAGCAGAGUGUGCCUUCAAGACCUCCCCUUUCCCUGUCAUCCUCUCCUUUGAGAACCACGUGGACUCGCCCAAGCAGCAGGCCAAGAUGGCGGAGUACUGCAGAUCAAUAUUUGGAGACAUGUUACUGACCGACCCUCUGGAGAAGUACCCUUUGGAACCAGGUGUACACCUGCCCAGCCCUUUGGAUCUGAUGGGGAAGAUUCUGGUGAAGAACAAGAAGAAACACGUCAAGACAUCGAGCACCAAGAAGAAACUGUCAGAGCAGGCCUCCAACACAUACAGCGACUCAUCCAGUGUGCAUGAGCCUUCUUCUCCCAGCACAGGUUCGGCCAACCAGGAGAUGACCGAGUCCUCCCAGCCUCUAGAGGUCGCUGAGCUCAGCGUCCGACCACAGGGCAGGAAGUCCAUUGGCGAAGUUGAGGCAGAGAGUGACGAUGAUGAUGAUGACGAUGAUGACUGUAAAAAGGGGUCCAUGGAUGAGGGUACAGCGGGCAGCGAGGCGUUUGCCACAGAGGAGAUGUCCAACCUGGUCAGUUAUGUCCAGCCAGUCAAAUUUAACUCUUUCGAGGCCUCCAAAAAGAUCAAUCGGAGCUAUCAGAUGUCAUCGUUUGUGGAGACCAAAGCCUUGGAGCAGCUCACCAAGUCACCCGUGGAGUUUGUUGAGUAUAACAAGCUGCAGCUGAGUCGUAUCUACCCUAAAGGCACCAGAGUAGACUCCUCCAACUACAACCCUCAGCUCUUCUGGAAUGCUGGCUGUCAACUGGUGGCCCUGAACUUCCAGACAAUAGACCUGUCCAUGAUGUUAAACCUGGGCAUGUAUGAGUACAACGGGAAGUGUGGCUACAGGCUGAAACCAGAGUUCAUGAGACGCCCGGACAAACACUUUGAUCCCUUCGCUGAGAGCACUGUGGACGGCAUCGUAGCCAACACGCUGUCUGUGAAGAUCAUCUCAGGCCAGUUCCUGACCGAUAAGAAGGUGGGGACGUAUGUGGAGAUAGACAUGUUUGGUCUGCCGGUGGACACCAGAAGGAAAGGUUUUAAGACCAAGACGUCUCAGGGCAACGCUGUCAACCCUGUCUGGGAGGAGGAGGCCUUCACACUCAAGAAGGUGGUUUUGCCCACUCUGGCCUCGAUGAGGAUUUCUGUGUUUGAAGAUGGAGGGAAGUUCAUUGGCCAUCGCAUCAUUCCUGUGAAUGCCAUCCGCCCAGGUUACCACUACAUUGGUCUGAGGAAUGAGAAGAACCAGGCUCUGACCCUCCCUGCUCUGUUUGUCUAUGUAGAGGUCAAGGACUAUGUCCCUGAUACAUUCGCAGAUGUCAUCGAGGCGUUGUCCAAUCCCAUCCGUUACGUCAACCUGAUGGAGCAGAGAGCCAAUCAACUGGCAGCUCUCACUCUGGAGGAGGGAGCAGAGGAGGAGGACAGCAAAGAGGUGGAUGCAGGUGGUGAUGACCCCAUGGAGCCCGACCCCCGGGUGACCGUGCCCGCAGAGAACGGGGUCAACCACACCCCCAUCAUCUCCCCCAAACCCCCCAGCCUUGUUAGCCACCAGCAACAGCCCACAGGUUCAGUGAAACCAGCAGUGAAGACUGAGGAUGUAAUCCAGAGUGUUCUUACAGAGAUGGAGGCCCAGACCCUGGAGGAGUUGAAGCAGCAGAAGGGCUUUGUGAGGGAGCAGAGGAAGCAGUAUAAAGAGAUGAAGGAGUUGGUCAGGAAACACCACCGUAAGACCGGCGAGCUGAUCAAGGAGCACACGGCCAGGGCUGCAGAGCUGCAGAACCAGCACCAGCGCAGGCGUUCCGCGCUGCAGAAGAGCCACAAACGAGACGGUAAGAAAAGUAGGUCGGAGCAGUGUCUGUCGUCCCUGGAGCAGGAGCUGUGUGUGUUGGACCAGGAGUCCAGUCAGAGACUGUCCGAGCUCAAGGAGCAGCAGCAACAACAGCUACUCGCACUGAGACAGGAGCAGUAUUACAGCGAGAAGUACCAGAAGAAAGAACACAUCAAAAUGCUGGUGGAGAAGUUGACAACCAUAGCGGAGGAAUGUCAGAGUGCCCAGUUGAGGAAGAUCCGAGACAUCUGUGACAAGGAAAAGAAAGACCUGAAGAAGAAGAUGGACAAGAAAAGACAGGAGAAGAUUAAUGAAGCGAAGGCCAACAACAAGAAUGUGACAGAGGAAGAGAAGCUGGAAAUCAACAGGUCGUUUGUCAAUGAGGUGGUGCAGUAUAUCAAACGGUUGGAGGAUGCUCAGAGUAAGAGAAUGGAGAGACUACUGGAGAAGCAGAACGACAUCAGACAGCAGAUUGUGGACGAGAAACCUAAGGAAGGAGGUACUACAGAGGACCAGGCUGCAGACCGAGCUGGACCAGGAGUACCAGGACAAGUUCAGACGGUUGCCCCUAGAGAUCCAGGAGUUUGUCCAGGACAGCAGCAAGGCCAAGCUUAGCGCCGACAGUACCCAUGGCAACCUGUCUGUCUCCUCGACGACCGAGAGGCUCAACCACAAAGCGUCACAGUCAGAGGAUGACACAGAAGACUCGUCGGAAAGAGUGUUUGACACACCCCUUUAAGACAAAAUCUGAAAUGACACCCUUUUCCCUAUAUAGUGCAGUACUUUUGGCCGGAGCCUCAUAUAAGACUGUCCAAAAGUAGUGCACUAUAUAGGGAAUAGGCUUUAGAGACGAAACAUCAUUAGAGACUAAACCCUCCCCUUCCUCUGAAUUGGACAGUUCUGGUUGGUCGUUCUGGCUCGAGGUGAAAAUUGCCAUUCUAGGGACAGAUUACCCUGCGCUCACUCCUAACCUGAACCAGUAGGGGGGUUAAACAAUAUCUGACCCUGGACCAGUAAUAGGGAGUACCUACUCUGUUGUUCUAAUCAGAUAUGUAAAUACUUGUUUUGUAUUUGUAUGUGUGUUUUGUUGUUUUGCUUCGGAGCGGUGCAACCACAGGAUACGUGUAUGUGUGACUCGCCACUAACUAUGCGCAGGAACUAAGUUACAUACUUGAACCAUUGCACAGACAGAAUCAUUUCCUUUUUUGAAAAAUGUUUUUAAUGUGUUCCUACUUUUUAAACAAGACAACGUAUUAGGUGUUAGAUGACGUUCUCACAAUGCUGACUAUAGUGUAGGUCAGUCAGUGGUGCCAAUGUUUUGAUUUCACCGUGCACUUAGAGAAUAAUUACGAGUAGCAUUAAUAUGACAUUGGUUAAGACCAAGGCAAUGUUGAAUUUGUAACCUACAAUGGCACUGCAAUGUAACGUGAUUACAUUGCAAGCCCCAAAUAAAGUCCAGGCAUAGCAAGUCAAUUUCAACUUCCUGUCCAACCACUGUGGACACAGCCUUUAUUUUCUUUAUUGAAAAGUACGAAUGGCUCCUCGUGUAUAUUUUGCACCGAAGGCUUUCUACAGAGCUAACUCUUCUAUUCUUUUGUAGCCACCAAGCACUGGAGGCUUGGUGGUUUUAUUUCGUCCUCACAAAAGUAAGUCUACUCUGUUGCUGCUACCUUGUUUUAAUACUAUUGUUGUCCUACUUUGCUUUGUAAGAUAUAAUAUUGGCCUGGCCGAGACGUACUUAUUUUAUAGUUUUAUUUUUUUCAUUUUUGUAAUGUUUUUGACACGUUAGCGUU